AUGCCUCCCAAGAUAGGAGCUAAGCAUACUAUCCAUGUUCCACCAGCUCGACCACUUUAUAGAUUCGCAGCAACCGGCCUGGGGGCAACCAUGUGGUUUUUUCUAAUGUAUAGAGCGAAACAAGACGGACCCGUUCUACUCGGAUGGAAGCAUCCAUGGGAUCACUGA